AUGGGAGGAAAUUCAUCAAAGAAGAAGGAUUCACCAAACAAAUCUUCCUCUUCAACACUGCCUAAACAAGAGAGUAAGAGUAGGAUGAUUGUUGAGAAAAUAGUGGUUUCGGGAUUAAAGAUGAGUGGAAAAACAUUUCUUAUUGAAAAGAUUUUGGAUUAUUUGACCAUUCCGAACUUUUCUGAUUUCAAACAAUUUAAAUUAAAGGAAGGUAAAAAAUUGGAUUUUGUAGAAAUGGAUAAGGAAAAUCUACUUAAGGGAAGGAAUUUAAUUGGAGUCAAGGGAUUGAUCUAUGUCAUUAAUAGAAAGGAUUAUAUUUCAUUGCAUUACAGUUUGGAGGCAUUGUUGAAUAUUGUCAAACAAAAUUCAUUCCUCCAUUCGAUACCAAUUCUCAUUGUUGCAAUCAAUUUUAAAGUGACACCACCAAUAGAUUCAUUCCAAAGCAAGGCAAUAUUUGAGGAGGAAUUUCAAGCAGCUUACAAUCAAUUAUUCUCACUAUUGAGCAGAAACUUUAAGAGUCAGUGUCAAUAUUUUGAAAUGGAACCUUGUGAAACAAUGGAGGAUACCUCCCAACAAUCCCACAUUAUUGAACAACUCUUGCAGCAGCUUUCCUUUACAUCCCAAAUUGAAACCAAGACCACCUUUGAUGAAAAGGUGAGAGAAGCCAGACAAGAGAAGGAUUUCCAACACUAUGUCCAAACAAUGAGUCACAAGAAUCAAGUACCACAUCCAGUCUCUCCCUCUUCGAUUUUUGUUUAA